UCGACUCGGCCCAGGAGAGGAGACUGGCUCCGGCGAGGACGUCGGUGGGUAGUGGCGCGUGCCAGACGUGACACAAUGGCCCGCUCCGAGGCGGACCUGGACGAGCAGGCGGUGAACGCGCUCAGGGACUAUUUGCGGAUUCCAUCAGUCCACCCGAACGUUGACUACGGGCCCUGCGAGCAGUGGAUCCGCGCCCAGGCGGCGUCCAUCGGCCUGCCCGUGCGCGUGGCGCGGCCCGCCGCGCCGCACAAGCCCGUCGUCAUCGUGACGUGGGCCGGCGCCCGGCCCAGCCUGCCCGCCGUCCUCCUCAACUCGCACAUGGACGUGGUGCCCGUGUACCAGGAGAAGUGGACUCACCCGCCCUUCGGCGCCGAGCGGACGGAAGACGGCAAAAUCUACGCCCGUGGCUCGCAGGACAUGAAGAGCAACGCUGUGCAGUACCUGGAAGCUGUACGACGGCUGCGCCUCGAGGGGUUCCAGCCGCAGAGAACUGUUCACAUCACAUUCGUUCCAGAUGAGGAAAUAGGAGGAGUAGAUGGAAUGGAAGCUUUCGUGAAGACAGAAACCUUUGCAGAGUUGAAUGUGGGCUUUGCAAUGGAUGAAGGAAUGGCGUGGCCAGGAGAUGAGAUAGUUAUAUUUAAUGGAGAGAGAAGUAAUUGGAAGCUGGAAUUCAUCUGUCGCGGCAAUCCAGGACAUGGCUCAAUGUUGAUGGACAACCCAGCUGCGCAAAGAGUGAGAGUAAUUUUGGACAGGCUAUUAGAUUACCGAGAGAGUGAAAAAGCUAGACUCAAACAUCCAUUGAUGGACCAGGGCAAGGUUACUUGCGUGAAUGUUACAAUGCUUCAGGGAGGAGUGCAAAACAACGUGGUACCGCCAGAAAUUACGAUAGUUGCAGACGUAAGAAUUUCCCCAGAAAAAGACCACGACGAAUUUGUCAAAAUGGUACAAGGAUGGUGUGAUGAAGCAGGCGACACAGAAUUACGAAUCGUACAGAGAGGAGAAGUAGAAGGAGUAACAGAACUGAACCAAUCCAACAAGUGGUGGUUAGCUCUGAAGUCAGCUUUGGAAAAUGCGAAUGAGAAGAUAAUACCCAUUAUAUGUCCUGGUGGGACAGAUGCCCGCUUUAUCAGGAGGUUGAAGAUUCCUGCUAUUGGUAUGUGUGUGCUGAACAAUACCCCAAUCUUAUUACAUGAUCAUGAUGAAUUUAUAUAUGAAAAAGUAUUUUUAAAAGGCAUAUCACUAUUCGAAGAAAUUAUACGCAACCUCACUGCAGUAUAAUACAUACGAUUAUUAGUUCUUGUCAAACUUAUCUAUUCACAGAAAUUAUCAAGAAGUUACUUAUUAAUGACCAUACAUUUCAAAUUUAUCUAUUUAUAAGAUAAGGUAUAAAACAUAAUUAAUUCAUCAUUUUCAAAUUUUAUACUAUUUUUGUAGAAAUAAUAUAUGUAUAUACUAGUAUUCAGAAAAUAUACUUGCAUAAAAACAAAAUAAAUAUAAAUAAUAAAGUUGAAAAUAAAAUUAUUUCAUGCAGCUUCUAUGAAAUGGUAUUUUGAUUGAAAAUUAUGGUGUGAAUGAAAACAUGAAAAGGCAUCUCCAGAGGCAAUAACAAUACUUUUGUGAAGAAUUGUUCACCCAAUUUAAGAUGAAGUAGUAAUUAUUAUUUUAUUAUUAAAGAAAUUGAAUUAGAUGCUAACAACUAUCUUCCAACAAUACUUCUCUUAAAAGUUACAAAUUGUAUUCUUGCAUAAAAAAUAAUGAAAGGAAUAAGCGUGAAAGGGAUUGUCUAAGAACAUGUCUUAAAUUAAGUGAUGUUUAAACAUUUUUCAGAAAUAUGCCAUUAUACAUCUUCAUUAAUCAUUAGUCCUCAAAAAGCAAAUGAUGCAUUGAAAUUGAAGGCAUUUUACUCUUCUUGCUACCAACUAUAUUUGACUAAAAAAUGUCCCUUAUGACACGCAACCAAAAAAUAUUUCUUCAUUUUAUAUGAGAUGAACAAUACAAGAAAUCGUGAUAUGCAAGUUCAGUUUUCAUGAGGGUGGAAAUGUAAUACCUUUAAGGAAUUUUAUUUAGCAUGUUUGAUCAAUUUAUGAAGAUUGCAUGUUCAAUUUUUCAGUCUUUCAAAAGAAAAUCAAAGAAUAUUAAUAUUUGCAUCUUUGUGCUUCAGAAACUAAAUUAUUUCAUAACACUAAACAUUAAUGAAAGAAUUUUCACUAUUUUAGUUGCAAAGUUCUUCAAACCUUAUGUAUUUACAAGAUUAUUAGAAGUCCUUUUAUAAAUAAAACAGUCAUGUCUCUCUUCUUCUUACUGUAAUAUUUGUUCUGAAAGCAUGAUUCAGAAAAAGGCAAUAUCGUCUCUUUUCUUUUAGUAAUAAUGCCUAUUCUGGUUGGAAGGAAAAAUAAAGAAAUGCUCUGAACAGUAAAAUGUUUAAUGUGCUUAUCACAUUUCUACAUCAGAGAUUCUGGUAUCUUGGGUGAUUCACAUAGUGAAUAUUCACUCAAUGGCAAAAUACCAUUAAAAGAAUACGAAUGUGAAGAUAAAUAAUUAAUUGAAUUACAUCUAACUGCAUAAAUGAUGAUACUUAAGUUUGAAAUGAUCUUUAAUAACUUGAAUCUGUGGAUGGAAUUAAAGGAAGUCAUUCUCUUCUCUUAAGGAAAAGAAAGAAUCUGAAAUGUGCAAAUUGUGCACAUUUCCUACAUUAUAUUUUUCCAUAAUUUCUAGAUUCAAUAAAUAUAAGCUUUAACUGUAUAAAGUGAACUUCACAAUGUAAAUGUCUCUCCUUAAACAAUUAAUAAAAUUUUAAAUUGAAACAUACACCACAGAUGUUUUUAACUAUACACUCAACCACACCUACUACCAAAGAUUCUGAACACAACUUAUAUAUACAUAUGUGUAUGUAUAUGCGUGUAUACAUAAAAGUCUUUUGAUGACAUAACCUUAAUAGUUCAUAUUCAACAAGAAUUGAAUACAACUGAUUUUUCACAAACUCUCCAAAUUUCAAAUUUAAUAACUAUUCUCACACUGAAAUGCAACAAUGUAAAGCAAUGUUAACAUUGAUGCUCAACAAAUUGCUAGAGAUGUUAAUUCCCUGGUGGCCUUCAUAACUUUGAGGAGCUCAAAAUCUAAUAAUCCACUUCAGUUUUACAUACACCAAAACCUAUCAAAUCACAUUAUUCAGUAAUAUAAGUUAUAACAAACAUUAAAAAUGGUUUAAGGAUGUAACAUCACUGAAUUAAAAUAUUUAAAGACUACUUCAAAGAAUGAAAUGAAAUAACAAGAUAGAUGAGACAUACAUUGAUAUUACUGAUAUAAACAAAAAAAGCAAAAAAUAUAAAAGAAAACAUAAUCUGUAAAGUUGCUAGUACAAUUUUAAUAUAUACUAAAGAGCCAGGGUUCCCAAAAUAAUCCCUUUGGAUUUCCAAGGAGUUGCCCUUAGUUUGAAGAUUUGGUGCCUAAAAUGAGCUUAAUUGAGGAUUGAAAAAUUGUUUUAAUUUCUGAGUUAUCUAAAAUCAAUCCUACUUGUAUUCCAUGAACAUUAUAGCUUAUUGGUUGAAUGCAAUGCACAUUACCAAUUUUUAUAACCACCUUCCAUCAAUUGCUAACUGAGCAAUGAUCAGGGGUGCCCAGAAGGAAGGAGGGAGGGAAUAGCACUAUGCCCCCAGCUAUAACUUAAUUGGGUCCUAAAUUCCCCCCCCCCCCAUUUGAAACAAAUUAAAUGUAUUUACUCUUAAUAAAGCAACCACUAAAAGUUAUUUCUGUUGCAUGGAGAUAUGAAUUUUGUUCAUGCAUUGCAAGGCACAGGGGAAGGUGUCUUUUGUCUGCUCCAGGCCUCUGGUUUCCCUGGCAACGAUGAAAUACAGAGCACUUAACAAAAGCUUCCUGUAGAAAUUUCUGUUGUUCUAUAAUGUUAAAAAAAAAUCCCCCCAUUUAUAUUGCAUUGCAAAUGAAACUUAGGAUUCAAAAUAUUUUUUAGGUUUUUAGAAAAUUUUCUUCUAAUCUUCCUAAAAAAAAUUUAAAAUAAUACAAUUUGCAUAAGAAAAAUCUCUUUAAAAAUGUUUCUUUACAAUGCUGUAUUCAUUGAGUAUGUAUGGCACUACACAAUGCAUGCAUUUUUCCAUUAUUAUAUAAUUGCCAGAUCUUCUUCUAGAGUUGCUACAAAUCUACUUCAACACUUGGCUGCUCAACUAUAGUUUUUCAUGUUCUUAAUUUUGAAACUACAAUUCCCAAUCUGGCCUUACUAAUAUCCAUUUGUAGUGUCCCAUCACAAAAGUUUGUCCUACAUAAGCCUUAUACUAAAUAUGUGCAGAUGCCCAAAUUCCAAUCACACAAUCUGGUGUCCAUUUUUUCCCUUUUUUCUAGAACCAUUUGAAAUUGUUUGUGGUGAAUUGUUUUAAAACCAUUACGAGAAUUUCUAUCUGAAAUUGUCCGUAUAAAAUAUUCUGCACUUUAUUCCUUAAUAUUAGGUAUUGCUAAUUUGAUGAUUUAUAGAAGUAAUUUAUGUCUUUCUCUAAAUGGUUGUUUGUCUUCGUGUGGAACAUUAUUUCAGAUUUAUUUACUUAAAUUUAAGAGUGAGAACAAUUUCUACAUUUUUACCAAAAUAUAGAUUAGGGCAAAAUUUUUAAAAUUUAUAUAUCAUAUGUUUAGUAAUAUAUAUGUGUAGUGUGUGUAUGUGUGUAUAUAUAUUCAAGCAUUUAGUAAUUUCUUUAAAGAAAAUAAUAAAUAUAUUUCAUGAUGUUCACACAAAAACAUUUUGGCACAUAAACAUCUGUGAAUACAUCUAUCAUAAGCUACCAUAAUUUUCAAUUAAGCAUUGAAGUUUUAGGGACUGCACCAUUUCCAUUAUUUCAAAUCAUAUUAUGAAUUCAGUUAAAAUAAAUGGACCAAUUUAUAUUACAAGAACAGAGAAGUAUUAAAAUGAUCUGAGACACACAUAUCACAAUUUUUUAAGAGUUUUCAUACUGUAUAACAUUUCAUAAAAAUAUGUUGUAUAUUUUGCUAUGGCUCUGCAGAUAUCACAGCAUCAGUAAUCAUUAUUUAUAAUAAUUUACUUGAUUUUGCCAAAAACGAAAUACCAAUAGUAACUUAAAAAAACAACAACAAGAAACUAUAACAGUAUUACCACCCUGCUGUCCUUGUACAUUAAAAUGGUGCAUCCUGGAGAUGCUCAAAACUUGAUUGUAUUUCCGAAACAUUAUAACCACUUUAGUUGCCAGCAAUCUGAACACAGAGAGAAUAUUUUUUUCAUGAAUGAAAAACAUGAUCAGAAUGCUUUGAGGAGUUUACAGAAACACAUAUCUAAGUAAUAAAGUAUGUCAGUAUCAAAUGGCUAAAAAAGAAAUGAUGUUAAUUUUGGAAGGAAAAGUUCUGUUCUCAUGCAGAAAGGUCUGAUGAAGAAAAUUUAUGCACUCUGUGAACUGGACUCUACAUAAACAGAAUAUUUUGGGAACCCUGCUAGUGACAAGAAUAUACCCUUUGCGAUUGGAAACAUAAUAUGGUUGGUAAUAUGAUCAUCCUACAUUUUGGAAGGCAUGUUUAAAAUGACAUGGCAUUGAGAGCUAUCUGCUCGGAGCUUUCAGGAAGGUGGUUUGCCCUACAAGUUGGAGGACAUCUCUUCGCAGUGCCCAUUCCGUGAUCCAGUCAGAGGGCAUCUCAGAGAUGACAACUUAUUUUCUUCAUAUUUCUAGAUAAGAUCUCCUUCCAACAAUGAGAUUGUGUCGUGAAUAGAAAAUAGAUAAGUCUGUCAAAAUGUAUAUGAAUACUACUGAUCAAAAAUGUUUUGCCACACUCAUUCUGGUCUUGGUCACUGUCCCUCCAUUCAGGUGGAUGUUAUGAGCUAUUUUAAUAUCCCAAACAAAAUCCAAAGGAGAUUUGAAUGAAAAAAAUUUCUGUGUAUAUUGACCUUUGUAUUAAAAAUAAAAUAAUUGUUAUCUUUCAUUUCAUUUAGUUGUUUAUUUCCAAAAUUAUACUAUCAAUAAAUUUAACUGCUAAACUAGGUCAAUUUGGAACAUGAUUUUCAAAAUUAAAGAAAAUAUAUUUUCAUUUUUAUUUAUUUAUUAUAUGACAGCAGCAAAGCUGAUAUGCGUACAUAUAUAAUUACACACUUCCUAUCAUAUAACAGAAUUUGUAGUUUAUUGUAGAGUUUAUCAGGUAUCAUUGUAAAGUUAUAGCAAAAAUACCAAACGGGUUCAAUACUGUUUAAAUACAACGCCACUUGAAUAAAAUGCAAUGCAUCUGCUCGAAGCAAUGGCCGCGAUGACGCACGGGGGAAGAGUGCAAACCCGGACUUAAAAUGCCAUUUUCGUUUUUCAUCUCAAAGAUGACCUCCGACCUCUAGGACAGCACACUACAAGUAGGAAUCCGAGCUGGGAAAUAAUUUCAAGAUGUCAUCUCAGACAUGCCUUAUGAGUAAAAGGGUAAAAUAUUAAAAUGAAAUUUAUUUUAAAACAUUAGAACAGUAAUCUUGGUUAUAAUCUCUCUUUUCUUUUUUAGAAAAUAUAUUUGUAUAAAUAUAAAUUUAACUUGAUUUUAUCAAAUAUAGGUCCCAAAAUGCACAUCAAAUCUGCAAUCUCAAAUUUUUAGGAAGAAAAUUUCUUUAAAGUUAUUGCAGAAAAUUUAAUAAUCAAACUUUGUACAUUUUGGGAGGAUAAAAACAAAAAUUCAUCAAUACUGAUUCUUGGGGGGGGAUUGAUUUCAUUUCUCCCCAAAAGAAAAAGAAUAUUCAGCAAAAUAUUUACACUACUGUUUGUAUUGUUCCUGCAACACAGGAAUUGUUACGCUCUUUCACCACUUUCCUACCUAUAGGAAACAAUAUUCAUGCUGAAGUCAAUUUUUACUUCCCAUUCAUUGAAUGCAAUUAACAAGUUUAUUAUUACCAACGAUGGAUUGUGAUCACCAAAAACAGAAAAGUAUUGUUUUUAUAUAUUCUCAUGCUUAUGCAGGAAUAGGAAGAAACAAGACAGGAUACACCCAAAGCAUAUAUUUUCUUAUUUAGUUUUCUUAUGACUUCUCUUCUCCAUAGGCAGAUGUGACUCAUUUUACCAUCUUUAAAACAAAACUGAAUGAAUUUGUUUUUUGCAGGAAAUUGUAAAUUGUUCCAAUAUUACAAAAAAAAUUUUGGAAAGUUAGGCAUGAAGAAAGAGGAGUGUACGAUGCAUGAAGUCUUGGAGAAUAAAUAAAUAUGCAUUAAAUGAACAAAAAAAUAUACAAUUAAAUAAAUAUACAAUAAUAUACAUGUACUUUUCACAAAAAUUGCUAGUCAAGUCUAAUAUCACUCUACAACCAAUGAACCAAACACUAAAUUAGCCACACACAUUGUUUUCAUAAUGUGUUAAUUGUGAGUCUGAAUCUCAAUUCCUAGUUUCUUCAUUCUUGCUUGGGACUUCCCCUUACUUUAUGGUGACAGUUGAUAUGGUACCUCAAACAAACUUGUAACAAAAUAUUUUCAUAGAAUUGAGUCCCCUUAAUACAAGGCCCAAAUGCCAACCAACCCUGGGAGAAGUCAAAGAGAUCAGAUGAUUUCCUCUUCAAAUUAAACAGUAUGUCAAUUAAAAGUUUCCAAAAUGAAUGAGAGAGAAGAUAGAAAAAGUUAAUAUAAUACAUCACAUUUGAUAUUCACUUUGACAUCAAAUUAAUUUUCACAGAAGUGUUUUUGUGUAUAACAAGCAUAGAGAAAAGGAUGAAGAGAUAAUCAAAAUAAAUGUAAGAAUUAAACAUUGGCAAAACAAAAGUGGGAGUAGAAAUUACACCUUUCUAGAAAAAAUGUAAUAUUUUAAAAAUUACAAUUUUUGACAGUAGAGAUUGUAGCUUUAAACUUUGAGACACAUUACACUAAAGGCAAUAAGCUAGUUUUUAUAUUUAAAAUGUUGUCUAAUACUUGGGUACUGCACCUUUUCACACUGGAGCAUUUCUGCAUUCAAUAGUAAAAAACUUCCUGGAAAGUGGUAAAUUUUCUUCUCUUAAACUGGAUCCUUGUAUAUUUAUCCAAAUUGCGAAGCUUUUUUUCAGUGCUCUUUGGAAUAAAACUCUCUUCUUGUAUCAAAAGUUAGGAACUGAAAAUAAAAAUGUGUUUAGGACUUGCACUAUUGUCAGCUAAAAGGUCCAUUUGCUAUAAAACAAUGUUCUGGUGGGAGAAUAACUCUCAAAACAGAGGAGACCAAUCAAAUAUAUUUCCGACAAUAGGCAAGAAGUAUGUUCACUGAAUAACUUGUGUAUUUAAUACUUGUCCCCACUCUUCACAAUUCUACUUAUAUAUGUAUAUAUUUAUAAAUAGCAGAAAUAAAGUGAUCUGCUACUGGAAGCUCUAAGACAUCAUAGCUACACUUUUCUUCACAAAAAACUAACUCUCUUACUGUCUGACUGUACUGACUUAACUAUACUGUCUGACCACUUAAACAUGAACUUGUAAAUACGUAAAUGGUAAUUACUUAUUAACUUUGUUUCCUGAUGUUCAAUAUAAGGGCAGACUGUUAAACAUUUUAAACAAAAACAACAAAAAUUGCUGCUGAGAUGAGCAAUUAACAUCUAAUGUAUUUUAGCAGUAAUGAUUUAAAAUAAUUUCAAUUUUUCUAUCUAUCAUAUCAACUGUAACCAAAUUUCUGUUCUUUGAUAACUUUAUUGCCCUAAUUUUUAAAUUUUCUACCCUUCCAAAGUCUGUUCAUUUAUUUCAAUGCUUUCUCACAUACUGAACCAACUAAUAUAUACAUUUUCCUGUUUCAUUUGAACAUCAGUGUGGCUGAGCAGUUAUACCUAUAAUAUCAGAUUCAUACACAUAAUGAUUUCAAAGGAGUGAGUGAAUAAGAAAUCCUAAACAUAACUGAAAAAUUUCAAGAGCAACCUAGAAUAAGAAAGCAUGGUUUCAAACUGGUCGUACGACUUGUAAAACUGAACUGAAUUGCUGCUUCAGUGAUCUUAUGACCAGCUACACUGCAACACUGAAAUGUGACAAAGACUUAAAUAGAAUAAAAUUCAAAACUUCACAUAUCUCAACUGUGGCUUUUAUUCACAAGUCCACCCCCCAAGAACUCAUGACUAAGUGGUCACACAGCUCACAAAACAAUGUGACAAUAUAAUUCAUGAGAAUAAAAACAAAGGAAUAAGUUUUAAAACACACUGAAUAAAUCUAAUUAUUGCUCUAAUAACAUAAUGCACUAUUACAUGAACAAAAUAAAAUAUUUAAAAGUCCCCCACAUGCAUAUUUAAAGAUCACCAAUUUAAUUUUAACCACUGUCACAACCCAGAUGUGAUUCUUCAAUAAGUUAGAAUAUCCAUAAUCCAACAAUUGAAGCACAAACAGCACAAGAAUGAAAUAUUACAUUUCUUUAAAGCUACACAGAUACACACAUCCAUAUACACAUAUAAUAGAUAUUUGUAUAUUUUUACAAACAAAUCAUACUCUCAAACUCACACUACUUUUUCUUAAACACAAGGAAACUAUUAUCUCUGCAGUGGAAUUGAAACUGUACUCAAAACUGAAACAAAAGCAAAUAUACCAACAAUAUGUACAAAUUCACAUCACUUAUGUACAUAUUUUUCACAACAGACAACUAUUUUAAGAAUCACACAUUGAUAUUCACACAAAUAUUACAUAAUUUUGCACAUUCGUACCUAUAUUAUGCUGCAAGCUUGAAAAAUCUACAUACGAAGGUUUGAAACGUCAAUUAGGAAGAUUGGCAAUGUGUUUUCCAUCAAUAAUUUCACUUUGGAGAAAAGUCUCAUUCUUUGGUACUUCUCAUAAAGGUUUAUCUGCUCAUAAUUUUGUCAGUUUUAUUUGAUUAUUAUGUGUAUGGGUGUGUGCGUGUGUGCGUGUGUGUGUGUGUGUGUGGAGGUUCCCAGUAA